CUUGUUUGCCCGGAAAUAGGCUCUGCAGUGUUUUCAGCGCACGAAUGAAGCUAAACUACUGGUUGAGCUGUUACUGGUAGUUACCUCGAGAGCCGCUCGCUGCUUCAGGCCCACAGAACCGGGUCAGGAUGGACUCGUGGGUUCGGUUUAGCGCCCAGAGCCAGGCUAAAGAGAGAGUCAUGAGGGCGGGGCAGUACACGUGCAUGCUGUUGGGUUACACGCUGCAAAGGAGCAAGGUGUCGACAGAACUCAUCAGAACCGUCGGUGACCUGGAGGCCCACCUGAGCAUCACCAGGAAGUUGAUCCGUCUGGGGAACUCCGUGGACGCCCUGCAGGCGGCCAAGCGCUCCAUCCACCUCUCAGACAGCGUGCUGCGGCUCUGCCUGACCAUCAGCCACCUGAACAGAGCUAUGUACUUUGCCUGUGACAACGUUCUGUGGGCAGGAAAAACGGGCCUUGUGUCCAAACUGGACCAGAAGAAAUGGAGUCAGAGGUCCAACAGGUACUACCUGUUUGCUCUGAUCCUGAACCUGACUCGAGACCUGUAUGAGCUUGGCCUCCUCCUGGACUCAGAGACUCGGUACCAAAGCACCAAGGGUCCUCUGUCUCCUGCUGACCCCUCCUCCCUCCCUGUGUGGCUUCCUGGUCGCCUCCGUCAGAUUCUGAUGGUUCUGCACAACAACCCUCCUCUGCUGCUGGACCUGCUGAAGAACAGCUGUGAUGUCUUCAUCCCUCUGGACAGACUGGGGAUUUACCCUACGGGACCAGGCUUUGUUGGGACUUGUGGCCUGGUCUCCUCUGUCCUCUCCAUCAUUACCAUGGUCCAACCGUGGCUUAAACUCAAGCCUUAA